AUAUGCCUUGUCCACUGGGCUAGAUACUGAGGAGAAGGAGGAGGAGGAGGAGGAGGAGGAGGAGGAGGAGGAGAAGAAGAAGAAGAAGAAGAAGAAGAAGAAGAAGAAGCCGCAGCAGCAGCUUGGUUGCUGGCAUGGGCCUUGGUGCAAUUGUUUCAUAUGUUCAACAUUGUGA